AUGGGUAACGCGCAAUGUUAUAGAAAUAAUGAAAAACCAGUGAAGAAUAAGAAAUCUAAAGCUAUCGAGAGAACAGCAGAAAUGGGCGCCAAGACGGAUAAGAAGUUGUCACAUGUGGACGCAGAAUAUAACUGGCAAAGAAAAGAAGAGAACGUCACAGAUAAGAAAAACGAAGAUCUCUGUUGUGCGAAUGGUGUAGAAAUAGAGGCGCCAUCGGACAAAAGUGUGUCACAAGAUUUGGCAAAUGGAACAAGCGAGGUCCCUCCUGGCAACACCAACACAAAUAACACUAUGAAGGACGAAACCAAGGAAUGUACUGCGGAUUCACCAAAGAACAAUAACUACAAUUUUCGAAGUAAUAAUACUAUGAACUCAUCUAGUCAUCUUAAAGACCCGCCAUUAUCAAACAUCGCGAACACCACGACGAGCCAACGGCUGCAAAGUUCUUCAGAGCGUGCCAGUUCUCUGAAGUCACAUCUGACGGAGUUAAAAAGUUCCAUCUCAGAAAUGAAGCACUUGAGUUGUACAAAUAACUUGCAAUUCGGACAAAGGUUUAAAAAAUCUACGGAGGACAUUUUAGAUUCUGCCAAAACGAAAGAUUACAGAGACCUAGACAAGUACGACUAUAGGAUAAACAAUUUAAGCGAUAACAAAAUAUUCCGAGAACCCUAUAAGCUGCAGAAUAAGCCAUACCUAAACGGAAGCAGUGUAUCUGGUGACAUAAAGUACAGCGCGGCGCAUACGAGUUCUGCAAGCUCAACAAAUGUGGUGACAGACGCAUUCAGUGCAUCUCGGUCAGCGGCGAACAGCAGCAGCUCGAGGCAGUUACAACAUGGGGACACGGUUUAUGCAGAAAACAGUGCUGUCGGAGCGACCAAAAGACUCUUACAAGCGGAAAGCCUCACCGCUGAACAGAACGCAGCUUAUCAACGAGAAAGACGAACGCUGCAGACGGCCGACAUGAACGCUCAAGAAGCGAAUAAUAUCUCGUCUUGUAGUUCCCGCCUGCAUACCGACGCCUUCAGUGCGGAAAGGACGGGUACAGCCACAUCGCAAGCCCGACAGACGGUUAGCUCCAGUGGAAUGUUUAGCCAUAAGGAACACUCGAGUGUAGCUCACUCAAACAUGACGUUAUCUAGCAAGAAUAUUUCUUCCAAAUCAUCUUUGUUCUCCUCUCAGAUAGACGAUAUUCUAAACGGGCCGAGUAAACUAAAUAACGACGAUUUAGCGAACUUAAACCUCGAUGAUUUAGGUGAAUUAAAUCAUCAUUCAAGCAUAAAGGAUAUCGAGGCGGCCAUUCACAAGUACUCCAACAGAAUGAAUAGUUUUAUAGCGGCUAUUAAAAAUGAACAAAUGGACAAUAACAAAGCAUCGUUGUACUUUAAUAAAAUAAAUGAGAUGCUGAGAAAAGCGUGGGCUGUGCCUACAUACGGCCACGAACUAGGAAAUUGUCUCUGUAAUACGUUAAGAACUUCUGGUGGCCUCGAUGUUCUAAUGGAUAAUUGUAUGGAGUCUAAAAAUCCAGAGAUACAAUUUUCAUCGGCGAAAAUUCUGGAACAAUGUCUCACAACAGAAAACAGAGAAUAUGUUGUAAAGAAUGGCUUAGAAAAGGUUGUAAAUGUUGCGUGCGUGUGCACAAAGAAUGCUAACUUAGUGGAUUACUGUCGGGUUGGAACUGGGAUAUUGGAACAUUUAUUUAAACACAGCGAAGGAACUUGUGGCGAUGUUAUAAAAUUAGGAGGAUUGGAUGCAGUUCUAUUCGAAUGUCGAAAGAAUGAUGUCGAAACAUUGCGCCACUGUGCGACAGCCCUCGCAAAUCUAUCGCUAUACGGUGGUGCUGAAAAUCAAGAAGCCAUGAUCAAACGUAAAGUGCCCAUGUGGCUGUUUCCUUUAGCGUUCCACCACGACGACAACAUAAAGUACUACGCUUGUUUAGCUAUAGCUGUACUUGUUGCUAAUAAAGAAAUCGAAGCAGCCGUAUUAAAAUCGGGCACAUUGGAUCUAGUGGAGCCCUUUGUGACGUCGCAUAAUCCAUCGGACUUUGCUAGAUCGAAUCUUUCUCAUGCUCAUGGUCAAAGUAAACAUUGGCUGCAAAAGUUGGUGCCUGUUUUGAGUUCAAAGAGAGAGGAGGCGAGAAACCUGGCCGCUUUCCAUUUCUGCAUGGAGGCGGGAAUCAAGAAGCAGCAAUGUAACACAGAAAUUUUCAAAGAAAUAGGCGCAAUCGAACCUCUCAAAAAAGUUGCAAGCUGCCCCAAUGCGGUGGCGUCAAAGUACGCUGCGCAAGCGCUCAGAUUGAUCGGGGAAGAAGUACCGCACAAGCUGUCUCAGCAGGUGCCUCUUUGGUCAAUCGAAGAUGUACGAGAGUGGGUAAAACAGAUUGGAUUCGCUGACUACGCAAAUGAUUUCUACGAGAGCAGAGUUGACGGCGAUCUAUUGCUACAAAUAACAGAAGAGAACCUUAGGGACGACAUCGGCUUAGAUAACGGAAUUAAACGAAAACGAUUCGCAAGAGAGUUACAACAGUUAAAGAAAAUGGCAGAUUAUAGCCUAAGAGACACUUGCAGCCUUCAUGAGUUCUUGCAAAACAUUGGCCCAGAAUAUACUAUAUACACUUAUUCAAUGUUGAAUGCUGGUGUUGACAAAGAAUCUAUUUUUGGAUUGAGCGAUGAACAACUAGAAAAUGAAUGUUACAUAAAGAACAGUAUUCAUAGGUUAAGAAUACUUAAUGCGAUUAGAGAUUACGAAAGCCGUUUGCCUAGUAUUGAAGAAGAUAAUAUGGUGAAGAAUUUGGACGUUUUUAUAAGCUAUCGAAGAUCGAAUGGCUCACAGUUAGCGAGUUUACUCAAAGUUCAUUUAAAUCUACGAGGAUUUACGAUUUUCAUAGACGUAGAAAGACUUGAGGCCGGAAAGUUUGAGAAUUUAUUGCAAAGUAUACGUCAAGCGAAACACUUUUUGUUAGUUCUUACUCCGAACGCCUUAGAAAAAUGCAAGCAUGACACAGAACAAAAAGAUUGGCUACAUCGGGAAAUUGUGGCCGCGUUGCAAUCUCAGUGCAACAUCGUACCAAUUAUCGACAACUUCGAGUGGCCCGAACCGGAGGAACUGCCCGAAGACAUGAGAGCGGUUUGUCAUUUCAACGGCGUCCGUUGGAUACAUGAUUACCAGGACGCGUGUGUUGAAAAGCUGGAAAGCUUUCUACGAGGAAAAUCUAACUUAGUGACAAGAUUAGAAGGAUCACUUCGUGGACCUGGUCACAGUCAGACACCAUGCUCUAUCAACAGAGGACCAUCAAAUUUUCAACAUAUACAAUCAAUUGAUACUGAUGAAAGAAGUUAG